AUAAAAGCCACUCAUGAGAUAUUCAUUUUUGGAUACUUAAAUAAAAUGAAUUACUUUUCAAUGAUUUUACUAAUAAAGUGAUCUGCAUAGCUUCGAGAAAUGUUGCUUCUUGAUUACUUUAGUGUGCCAUUACCUUUUAUUUACUUGUUCUUGAGUCUGUCCAUUAUUUGGAUCAUCAAAUAUCUUUUCAAAUCUGUGAAACGAAUAUAUUCAUUACCUCCAGGACCAUUUGGAUUUCCGAUUUUUGGUUAUUAUCCGUUCUUAAAGGAUCAUAGUUAUAUACAAUUUGAUCGACUAUCCAAAAAGUAUGGACCAGUUUUCAGUCUAAAGUUGGGUCAAUAUGAUACUAUUGUUGUCUGUGAUUGGGAUAACCUUAAAGAUGCCUUCGCAAAUGAUGCUUUAUUGGCUCGUCCUGCUAAAGGUUUCUUAUCAGGAAUAGAGAACACGCUUUCGAUUAUUUCAAUGUCGGGUGAUGCUUGGCGUGAACAUAGACGGUUGUCAUUACAUGUUUUGCGUAAUGUUGGUUUGGGUAAACGAGAAAUGGAAAAUUUGAUCUCGGAAGAAAUUCACCAAUUUUUGUAUUCACUUGAAAAUGAUGCGAAUGACUUGUCUCAACGUCUAAUGCAAAGUGUCUCUAAUAACAUUUCGCUUAUGCUAUUUGGUCAUAUUUUUGAUUAUGAUGAUCCAGAUAAAGUGGCGAUUGAUGAAAGUCUGAGAGAUUAUUGCCAAGCAUUUCAAUUUUCAGGCAUAACGAGCUAUUUACCAUGGUUAACUAAACCACUGAUUGCUUUAGGUAAAGCUAACCUUAAAAUUAUACAAAAAGCUCAAAUGCAUCUAAACGACUUCAUUUCAAAAGAGCUUUUCAAACACCAGAAUGGGAAAGUUGAAAACUACAUUGAUGGAUACUUAAAUGUCCAGUCUAAGCGGAAAGAUCAACUAUUCAAUAAUGCAACAUUAAAAAGGAAUGUUGCCACAUUCUUUGUUGCAGGAUCAGAGACCGUUGCCGGUACUCUAACCUGGGCCAGCAUGUACCUAGUAAAAUAUCCUCAAUAUCAAGAGAGGAUUCGAUUAGAAAUAAAAGAAGUUAUUGGAACUGAAAAACGACCAGAUUUCUCGGAUCGUCUAAGAAUGCCUUUUACUCUCGCCUUUCUUUAUGAAGUCCAGCGUAUUGAAUCCAUCGUCGCUACAAAUCUUAUACGAAGAGCUUCACAAGACACAAAGAUUGGUCCUUAUAAUGUUCCAAAAGAUAGUCUGGUUCUGUUCAAUUUCUGGUCUGUCCAUCAUGAUCCAAAACUUUGGUCUAAUCCCGAUAAAUUUGAUCCAAAUCGAUUCCUUACCGAAAAUGGUAACAAAGUAGUAAAGCCUCCAUAUUUAGUGCCAUUUAGUGCUGGUAAAAGAGCUUGUCCAGGUGAAGGCUUAGCUAAUGUGGAGCUAUUUUUAUACACAGUUGGUAUACUUCAACGAUUCAAAAUCAAAUCAGAUAAACCAUUAUCCUUUGAAGCAAUUAACGGUCUCACUCGACGUCCAAAAUACAAACCAGAUUUAAUCUUCCAAAGAGUAUAAUUUUAAUAAUUCAAUGUAAAUAUCCAUUAAAGUCUACAAAAUGGUAAUUCAAAUUCAAUGUAUUAA